UUGGCGGUUCUUAUCUUCAUCUUCUCCUUCCUUCUUCCUUCUUUCGCCGUCUCAUGGCUCCUCUAUAUUAUGACUUAGCUUUGUUUUCAAAAUCGUGUAGCUUAAAAAGAAAAACUUGAGAGUAAAAGAAGAACACGAAACGCUGUGUCUCUCCCUCUGUGUUUAUUAUAUAUAUUAAAAGACCAGAUUUCUGGAAAGGAAAGAGUCAUUUGGGGAUUUUUUGUUUUUUAAAUUCUUUCUUAAAACUGAGCUCUGAUGGCGGAUCCAGUAAAAGAGCGCACUUUAGAGCAGACCUCUACGUGGGCAGUCGCUGUGGUUUGCUUCGUCUUACUAUUCAUUUCGAUUGUACUUGAACAUUCGAUUCACAAAAUUGGAACCUGGUUUAAACAGAAGCACAAGAAGGCUCUUUAUGAAGCGCUUGAAAAGGUCAAAGCAGAGCUUAUGCUGUUGGGAUUCAUAUCACUACUCCUCACAAUUGCACAAACACCAAUCUCAAAUAUCUGCAUCUCCGAGAGUGUUGCAUCAUCAAUGCACCCUUGCAGCGCCGAGGAAGAAGCUAAAAAGUACGGCAAGAAAGACACCGGAAAAAAAGAUGACGAUGGUGAAAAAUCGGGUCGAAGACUUCUCCUUGAGUUAGCUGAAUCUUAUAUCCCUAGAAGAAGUUUAGCCACCAAAGGCUAUGACAAAUGCGCAGACAAGGGGAAAGUGGCUUUUGUCUCUGCUUAUGGAAUCCACCAGCUGCAUAUAUUCAUCUUCGUGCUCGCGGUUGUUCAUGUUAUUUACUGCAUUGUUACUUAUGCUCUCGGAAAGACUAAGAUGAGGAGGUGGAAGCAGUGGGAGAAUGAGACGAAGACAAUAGAAUAUCAGUAUUCUAACGACCCCGAGAGGUUUAGGUUUGCUAGGGACACAUCUUUCGGGCGAAGACAUCUCAGUUUCUGGAGCAAGACGAGUAUUACGCUAUGGAUUGUGUGUUUUUUCAGACAGUUCUUUGGUUCUGUCACCAAAGUUGAUUACUUAGCGUUGCGGCAUGGUUUCAUCACGGCGCAUUUGGCUCCUGGGAGCGAAAGAAGUUUCGAUUUCCGCAAGUAUAUUCAGAGAUCAUUAGAAGAAGACUUCAAAACCGUCGUUGAAAUCAGUCCGGUUAUCUGGUUUGUCGCCGUUCUAUUCCUCUUGACCAAUACAAAUGGGCUACGCUCUUACCUCUGGUUACCAUUCAUUCCACUAAUUGUGAUUCUAAUAGUUGGAACAAAGCUUCAAGUCAUUAUAACCAAAUUGGGUCUAAGAAUCCAAGAGAAAGGCGAUGUUGUGAGAGGCGCACCAGUGGUUCAGCCUGGUGAUGAUCUCUUCUGGUUUGGUCGCCCACGGUUCAUCCUUUUCCUAAUCCAUUUGGUUCUUUUCACGAAUGCAUUUCAACUUGCCUUCUUUGCCUGGAGUACGUAUGAAUUUAAUCUCAAGAAUUGUUUCCAUGAAAGCAAUGCAGAUGUGGUCAUUAGAAUAGUAGUUGGAGCUGUUGUACAGAUACUUUGCAGCUAUGUGACUCUUCCACUCUAUGCUCUUGUUACUCAGAUGGGUACUACGAUGAAGCCAACAGUAUUUAAGGAAAGAGUAGCCACGGCGUUAAAGAAUUGGCACCGCACAGCAAAGAAGCAGACAAAACACGGAAGACACUCUGAAUCAACCACACCUUACUCUAGCCGUCCAACUACACCAACUCAUGGCUCAUCUCCAAUCCAUCUUCUUCACAAUUUCAACAAACGAAGCGUUGAAAGUUUCCCGAAUUCUCCUUCUCCUAGAUACUCUGAUCAUCAUGACGGCCACCAGUUUUGGGACCCUGAGUCUCAACGCCAAGAAGCUGAAACUUCCACACAUCAUUCUCUUUCGCAGGAAAGCUCGGAAAAGAAGCCUGUUCUUACAUCUGUUGAACUUCCUCCUAUACGGACUAGCAAAAGCUUAAAAGAUUUUUCUUUUAAGAGAUGAUGAUUCUUGAGUUUUUUACAUAAUUUGAUUUCGUACAGUGGGAAUUUGUUAUAUUUUUUAAAAAAGCACUUGUACAUUACUACAUGUAUGAGACCUAAACCAUAAUAGAUGAUAUAUCCUCUGG